AUGGCCGACAGCGAGAUCCGAAAUAAAUCUCAAACAAAAAAUAUAGCAAGCGACGGGAAUAGAGACGAAGCGGUUGGCCGAAAUGCAGGUCACCGGGGUAACGUGUACCGUGUACCGUGUACUGUGUACGGUUUGCUUCCAAGCUGUGCGAGGUCCAUAACGAGGGGUCCCGUUAGCCACCAGCUACCAGCGACCGGCCGAGUCGACCUGUCUGACGACCGCGCGCCUUACACACUACUGACACGACGCACCUUCACUAUAGUAUAG